AUGGCGUCUUACCCUCAGAUCCCACUGACCAAGCUUCAAGAUGGCUCGCAAAUUGCCGUGUUGGGCUUUGGGACAGGAACACCCUGGUACAAGGUGGAUCGCUUUUCCGCCUUCAACCCGGAGAUGGUCACUAUGGCAAAAGAAGCUAUCAAGGCCGGGUAUCGCCACAUAGACACCGCAGAGGGCUACGGCACGGAGCCCGAGCUUGGCCAGGCGAUCAAGGAGAGCAACGUCCCGAGGGAGGAGCUGUAUAUUGCCACCAAGGUCGUCCAGACAAUCAACGAGGGAAAGAUCGAGGACCUCCCCGAGGCCCUUGAAAACAGUCUGAAGAGGCUCCAGCUGGACUAUGUUGAUCUAUACAUCCUCCACAGUCCUUACUUCAGUAGUGGUGACAAGUACGUCGAGGAGGACGUCGCCAACGCCUGGAAGCAACUGGAGGCCGUCCAACGAUCAGGCAAGGCCAGAGCCAUCGGCGUCUCCAACUUCCGCAGGCACCACGUCGAGAAUCUACUCAAGACGGCCGAGAUCAAACCCGUGGUCAACCAGAUCCAGUUCAACGCAUACCAUCAAGGCGCGCCCGAGUUCGCCAGGUGGCUGCAGGCCCAGGGGAUCGCGUGCGAGAGCUACAUGGGCCUGGCGCCGCUCACGUGGCUCAAGGGCAUGCACCUCGAGGGCACGCUGAAGGAGCUCGCGGCCAAAUACGGCGUGGGUGAGAGCACGAUCCUCAUCCGCUGGCAGCUUGACCAGGGCGUCGUGGUGCUCAACACGACCAAGAAGGUGGAGAGGAUGAGGGAGUACUUUGCGGCGCUGGAGCUGAAGCUGAGCGACGAGGACAGGGACCAGAUCACCAAGGUCGGCGACCCACGUCAGGAUUCCGGGACCGGCGAUGUUUGA